AGCCAUUCCGACGCAGACGAAAAGAUUUACAAAGAUUUACGUCGUCGAUUAAAAUUGCGACUGUUCCCUGCCUCGGGCACGUUGAAAGCAUUGCACAAUGGCUCGUAAGUUGUGGUGCAGUAUUGCGUUAGUGGUUUUCAUUUGCUUCACGACGGCACAGGCCCAAUCGUACGAGGAUAAACGCUGCAAGUGUAUUUGCCCGAGCAUUAAAACUGUGGAUGAGGGAGGUGGACAGGGGACGGACCGGAUGCUGAUCAUUGACAACGUGCCACCGAACAAAUGCAAUUGCGACGGUGUCAUCCUGCCGCGGAUAGCGGGCAAGAUAAAGGGCAAGGGGCAGGAAAUCUGCCCGAGGUGCGACUGCAAGUAUGAGAAUCGUAACACAACCAUCAUAAAGGUGGUCGUGAUUAUUGUGAUAUGGAUUAUAUCGCUGCUCGUUAUCUACAUGCUCUUCCUGAUGUGUCUCGAUCCGCUGCUGAACAAGCGUGUUAAAGCCAACUACCAGGAGCACACCAAUGAAGACGACGACACGGCCGUUACGGUGGGCAAUGGCCAGGAUAUGCAUGUUCGGGACAGCAACGUGCUGAAUCGCGUCGGCCACCAACAGGACAAGUGGAAGCGUCAGGUGAAAGAGCAGCGCCGCAACAUCUACGAUCGCCACACAAUGCUAAACUGAAUCUGGUUGACGCCAACGAAAACGAUCUGAUGAAAAGCAGCAUUGGGUCCGGGUGCUUAAUCCUAAGCUUUCCAAUUAUUUUGACAAUUUGGGACUGUUAAAAGAAUUCCACACCAAAUGUCGAUAAUGGAAAUACGCUUAACUUAUUGUUUUUGAGUGUAGUGUAAUAAAUUAGCACCGAAUCUGAGAUAAAAUCGUG